AGUCGACGCACGACAGACUCGAGAGAACGGAAAAGGGAUAGAAGUCGAAGGAAAAGAACUCGGUUGAGAGUCACAGGACCCCUCGGAGGCCCCGUUGAGCUCGUCGAAGGAGAGGGAGACGAGUAGGAGCAAAGUAGGGGUGGAGUCGUGUCGAUGGAGAAGGAGAAAAGAGAAGGAGAGAGAGAGGGGGGGGGAGGGAAGGGAGAGGAGAGAGCGAGCACGCGGGCGAGGGGCCAGGAAUCGGUGAUGUCGGUGAGGGAAAAGGAAGUAGUGUUGGAAGCAGGCUGGUGUCUCAAUCAGCCAAGAAACGCAGGUUGGGGUGCCCUGGACCCCUGUGGGUGGAGGACAGAGUGGGGAGGAGGGCGGAGUACGAGGCCUUCGGCUUCGAAGCCGUCACAACUCAAUCUAGUAACUCAGAGGCUGCGGCCGUGCGCGAACGUCUCGUUACCUCUUUCUUUCUCCCUCUAUCUCCCUCUUUACUUCCGUUUAUCCGUCAUUGUUUUCUUUGAUCUCUUUCCUCCUCUCUUUCCCUACGCACGCACACAUUUAUACAUAGAGCUUUAUCUCUCUCUCUCUCUCUCUCUCCCCCUCCCCGUUCUUUCGUUUAUCUUUCGCAUGUUUCGCAUUCAAACUUUUUCUUCGCGUCGAUCUCUCCGUUACGCGUUUAAAUCGAACUAAAAGGGAAAGACGAAGACGAGGAAGAUAAAAAAGGCAAAGAGGAAGAGAAGGAAGAAGAUCGAAGAAUGGAGAGAAAAAGAGAUACGGAGAAACAAGAUAUCUUAUAGAAUUAUAACGAUCGAACGCGAAGGACGAGAGGGGACGAAAUUGUAGGGAACCAGUGCGAAAGUGCAUCGAGGGGAGCACGAUGUGAUAAUCGUGUAGUUUUCGUCGAAAGAAUAUACAAAGGAUGUCUCGUGGGGUGCAUCGGUUGGACGUCGUCCUGGUCUCGAUGCUAUUACUAACGACGAUGCUAGCCGGCACGAGAUCCACUUCCGUGCGUUGCGAGGACGCGAGGCUUAGGUGCGCUUAUAGAACCGGAUGUGGAAUGGCUCUUCAACACUACGUCACCGGUUGCGCCUCCGUUUUGCAAGGUGACAAUUGCUCCGACGCUUGUCAGCACGCGCUCAUCGCUUUGACCAGUACCGACGAGGGAAAGGAGCUCAUGACGUGUCAAUGCACGCGAGACGACGAGCUCUGUCAACAAUCGAAGCAGAGAGUCGAGAUUUGUAGAUCGUCGGUGACGACGGCUAUGAACAGGACGAGGGUAUCCUGCAGGAUAGCCACUUGGAUAUGCAACGCGGACGCGCUCUGUCAAACGGCUUUAUCGUAUUACAACAAAUUUUGCAAGAGCAUGUUCCACGGAAAGAAGUGCACCCAUCGAUGUAGAAACUCCAUCAACAUAUUGACGCGACAAGAAAAGGCAGCGAAGCUCAGUACCUGUCUCUGCGACGGGUCCGAGGAGUACGAUUGCAAGGGGAUCCAUCGUAAUAUGAAUACGCUGUGCUUCGGAAGGAUUCAUCACGAUUAUCGCCAAGUAAAAAAAGUCGUCGACGAGACCAGGACGAACGAGAUCGUCCGAACGGAGACGAACGUUCUUGGGAACGAGGCGGUCGCGGCAGCGGCCACGAUCGUUCGUCCUUUCGUCGACGGGACGACGUUGGCGAUGUCCGUCGCUUUGCUCCUUCUUUUUGCGAGCCAAGACUGAUGCCGAGCAUCACCCAGUGGCAAGACGAAAUGUCCAAAUAAAAGUACAGUAUUCCGCGAGUGAACGACCAAAGAGCAUUUUUCUAUGAAUGUUUACGAAUAAGCGUCGGACCGGAACGCGGUCCAGGAAGAGGACCGCCAGAGAUAAAGCUGCCGCUUUUGUCCCCGAGGAUCCUUAUCGAAGACUGCGCUUUGCGUUAAAGACGCAAAGAUUUCCGAUAGAAACCAACCGCGUGUUCCAAAAAAUUCUGCAAAGAAAACUGACCGAGCGAAAGGAGCAAGGAGACCGUUUUGCGUUGUACAUUGAUUAUGUAUUAUAGAGUAACGGAUAGGGAUAUUUGUUUUUAAUAUUGUUGCGUUAUAAGUAUUAUUAUUAUUAUUAUUCUUAAUUUAUGACAAAGCACGACCGAACGUUGAUCGCAAUCGCAAAAGUCAUUCUUCCCUUUUGGAGGAUGCGAAAGACUUUUCUAUUCGAUUUUUUCUUUUCGUUAUUCAGCGCUCACCUAACUUUCUCAUCGACGACGUAUCCCACCGUAUUUUAUUAUUUUCGAAACAUCUGUCAAUUGAUACACGGGACGAGCGUACACUCGUCAGAAUCAAAGGAAUCAUCGAAAUACGAUAUCGUACGUUCAUUAUGCGAAAACAAGCGCGAGUUACCAAGCUACGUAUGCGUUUCGAAAUAAUCGUAUCUAUCCGUAAGGGCGGAAAUACUUAUCUUCUUCGUUUCUUCCUAUCUUUAUUUCAUUCAUAACGCGAACGAUGUUGACGAUGGUUGACGAGAACAUUCAGAUUAUCGAGGGUGGUUGCGUAAAGAGAGUCGCGUUAAAAGUAAAAUGAGAGAUGUCGAUACUGGUUAUCAAUGAAAAUAAGAAAAAAGAACUUUUUCGAUGCUACUUUGUCUAAGACUCCCUCGAAAAAUGAAAACUAACAAAAUAUCGAGCCGCGUUAUCAAAAAGAUUUGUAACGGGCGACGAGAAUGCAACGAAGGUACAACGACUGUAAAUUAUUUUUAUCUAUUGUAAUUACUUUUAAUUAUUGUACGACUAUCAUCGCAUCAUUUUCUUCUACCAAUGGACAAUCGAGAGUAUUUAAUUGAAAUAAUAAACAUAUUUCCUACCACCGUG